CUCUCCUCAGUCGCAGCCAGGCACGCAAGCAAACGCUCGCAGCUGCCGUGUCGGUCGAGACAGACACAAACAAACCCCCGCCAAAGUUCACAGUGCCGAAAACCACCCUUGUUCGCCGGCCCAACCCCGCGUGCAGUGAGGGCGCCCGAAAGCCCGAUAUGGCAAAUGGUGCGCUGAGGAUGCAAACAAUCGUCACUUGCUGUGCAGCCCUCGUCCUUUGUCUCUCGCGAGUCCACCCUGUGUCGUGCACCGACAGCCCGACCACCCCGGUCGCCGUCACCACCACCGCAGUCCCGCAGACGACCCCGACACCCUCGCACACCGUUGAAAUUGCCGUCGAAAGUAGCGCAUGCUCUCUACGUCAAUUUCGAUGCAACAACGGUCGCUGCAUCCCCUUUUCCUGGACCUGCGAGGGUGAGGAUGAUUGCGGCGAUGGGUCUGAUGAGUCUCCAGAGCAGUGCCCUGACAACAAGACCUGCUCGAGCACCGAAUUCCGAUGCAAAAACGGCCGCUGCAUCCCCGACCACUGGCAGUGCGACAGUGAAAACGACUGUCAGGACAACAGCGACGAAGACGCCGAAGAAUGCCAUGUAAAGAAAUGCACCAGCGAGGAGUUCACGUGUCGCAGCCGCCCCGGCGAGUGCAUCCCCCUGUCCUGGAUGUGCGACGACAACGCAGACUGCACCGACGGCUCCGACGAGAAGUCUUGCAAUGAAACGUGUCGCUCCGACGAGUUCACUUGCGGCAACGGAAAGUGCAUUCAGCAGCGCUGGGUGUGCGAUCGCGACGACGACUGCGGUGACGGCUCUGACGAGCACAACUGCCCCAAAACCAAGUGCUCCGAAGACACCGAGUUUGCGUGCGGCAUCAACCACUGCAUCACCCUCCGAUGGCGUUGCGACGGAGACCCAGACUGCCCGGACGGCAUUGAUGAGCAGAACUGCACUGGUUUCCCCACACCAAAGCCGCACCACUCGCACUGCAGCGCUCGGGAGUUUGAGUGCAUGGACCGCAUGAGUUGCAUCCACCAGGCUUGGCUGUGCGACGGCGACCGCGAUUGUCCUGACGGCUCGGACGAAGAGGCACCCAACUGCGUCGUCGGCACUUGCAGACCUGACCAAUUCCGCUGCAACUCUGGCCACUGCAUUCCUGGACACUUGCACUGCAGCGGCACUCCGGAGUGCUCCGACAACAGUGACGAACUCAACUGCACGUCGCCUGCGCCCAAGUGCGACCCACACACGGAGUUCGACUGUGGUUUGGCGACCGGUGCGGCGUCAGGCAUUUGCAUUCCUCUGAGCAAAGUUUGCGACAAGAAGCCCGACUGCCCCAACUGGGAGGACGAGCCUGGUGAGAAGUGCGGCAGGAAUGAGUGUCUCGACAACAACGGCGGCUGCUCGCAAAAGUGCGUUGACACUCCUGCGGGAUAUUACUGCGAUUGCUUGCCUGGUUUCCAGCUGGUGGACAAUAGAACCUGUGAAGAUAUCAACGAGUGUGACACACCUGGUACCUGUUCGCAAGUGUGCAUCAACGAAAAAGGUUCUUUCAAGUGCCAAUGUCUGGAAGAGUACCAGAAAGAGCCGCGCGACCACACCAGGUGCAAGGCCACCGAGGGUCACGCCUCUCUGCUGUUCGCCAGGAGACACGACAUCAGGAAAAUCUCGCUAGACCAUCACGAGAUGACGGCCAUUGUCAACGAGACCAAGAGUGCCACCGCGCUGGACUUUGUUUUCAGAACUGGCAUGAUUUUCUGGAGUGACGUCAGCGACCAGAAGAUCUACAAGGCACCCAUUGACGAGGGCAAGGACAAAGUGGUGGUGAUUAGGAACGAGAUCACAACUUCGGACGGCCUGGCUGUGGACUGGAUUUACAACCACAUCUACUGGACGGACACUGGCAAGAACACAAUUGAGUUGGCCAACUUUGACGGCAGCAUGCGCAAAACGCUGAUCAAGGACGACCUGGAGGAGCCUCGCGCCAUCGCCCUGAACCCUGUGGAAGGCUGGAUGUACUGGACCGACUGGGGCACCGAGCCCAAGAUCGAGCGCGCCGGCAUGGACGGCUCCCACCGCCAGACCAUCGUCAACUACGAGGUCAAGUGGCCCAACGGGCUGACCCUGGACCUGGUCAAGCGUCAGGUGUACUGGGUGGACGCCAAGCUGAACACCAUUUCAUCUUGCGACUACGACGGCAAGAACAGACGGGUCAUCCUGUACUCACCGGACGUGCUGCAGCACCCGUUCUCCAUCACCACCUUCGAGGACUGGGUGUACUGGUCCGACUGGGACAAGCAGGCCCUCUUCAAGGCCAACAAGUUCAAUGGAAAGGAUGUUACUCCUGUCACUGCUACCCACAUGGUUCAGUUUCCUAUGGUGGUGCAUGUGUACCAUCCUUACCGCCAGCCUGAUGGCCCCAACCACUGCCAGGCAGUGAACGGACAUUGCUCCCACCUCUGCCUGCCAGCUCCUAUUAUCAACGCUAACUCACCAAAGAUCUCCUGUGCCUGUCCCGAUGGCCUCACCCUCAUCGAGGACAGACUGAUGUGUGUCGAAAUGACAAACAGCACUGAUUCUCCUGCUACGUCUGGAUCACCUUCCGGCGGCUCAACUCAUUCUUUGCAUCCCAGUAUACCAAAACACAACGGCUCCAGCUCAGACAAGGCCUCGUCGGGACAGAGCGACGAGUUGACCGACUCAGGAAUGGUUGCUGGAAUCGUGAUCGCGGUUGUCACCAUCGUCCUCAUUGUCGCCGCUCUGGUUGCAUUUGUGGUGUACAGACACUAUUUGCACCGCAACGUCACCAGCAUGAACUUCGACAACCCCGUGUACCGCAAGACUACCGAAGACUCGUUCUCGUUGGAGAAGAACCAGUACCACCCGAACGGCAGAAUAUACCCGUCGACGGUGGGCGAAGAGUCUGCAUUUCAGGCCGAGGAACCUCUGACCACCCCUGGCACCAACGAGUUUGUGUAGAAGAGAAUCUCUAAGAGGAGAGAAGAAGACAAAAAUGUGAUAUUUUUUCUUGUUUAGAGAGCAGGACUUUUUCAUUCUCUGAAUAAGUUUGAUGUCUGAGGUAAUUUUUCACAAACCAAAAUUUCGGACGGGAAGCUGGAGAUCAACAUAUGUUUUAAAAUAUUUCACACCGUGGAUGAUAAUAAUGUCAGUUUUAAAAUGAGCGCUAGUUUUUAAGUCGAAUAUUUGUUUAAUUUUUAAAAAGGUAUAUUACUAUACAUUUUAGCUAGCCUUCAAGAUAAACCAAAAAGUGUAUGUUGUAAAUAUUUUAAGCGGAAUAAUUAUUUUUGUCAAAUGAUGUCAAACGAUCGUUGUCAAGAGGCCAUAAGUAUGUAAGACUAUUUAUGUGCGAGUGUAAAAGUGCAGGUAGUCUGGAUGUUUGUUUGAAAAAAAAAAUAAAAUUAAACAAAUCUCAAAAUUUUAAUAAUGAAGUCAAGAACCAAAGUCUUCUUGAAGUUGAUUGGAGAACUUUUUGUAAUUGAAGUAUUUUGAUCAAUGUACAUUCCUACUCAAGAGAGCUUUAUGGUUGCUCAAGAUUCAUAGAAAAACAUUUCAUCAUAAAUGUCUACAGGAGUUUGUAAAGUGAGAAAUUAUGAUUUUUCGCUAAAUAGAGUAAUAUUAGGUAACUUUGAUUUGUCUUUACUCGAUGUGACUCUCAAAACAUCAAUUAAACAAACCACUGAAUGAAUUUUUUUGUUUUAAAUGUUACAAUGCUGCAAAAUGUUUAUGCCAACAACUCGCGAGUGCAAGCAAUAAAAGAGUGGAUGCUGUUAUUAAGAAUA